AUGUCUCUCCGAUACUCCGCUGGGUCCAGGCUCCUGGGCUUCCACUCCGGGGCCGGACCUGGCAGACCGAGCGUCGGCUUUGCCCGCAGCAGUGCAUGUGGAAACUCUGUGGUGGGGAGUGGAUUUCCCUGUGCCUUGGGAGGCGGCCUGGGCGGUGCUCCUGGCGGGAGCCACAGCACGGGGACCACUGGAAAUGCUUGCGUUGGCUUCGCUGUGAAUGAGGGCGGCCUGCUGUCCGGCAACGAGAAGGUGACCAUGCAGAACCUCAACGACCGCCUGGCCUCCUACCUGGACAACGUGCGCGCCCUGGAGGAGGCCAACGCCGACCUGGAGCAGAAGAUCAAGGGGUGGUACGAGAAAUACGGCCCUGGAUCUUGCCGAGGCCUGGAUCAUGACUACAACAACUAUCACCUAACAAUUGAGGAUCUCAAAGCAAAGAUUAUCUCAUCGACUGCUGGUAAUGCUAAUGUCAUUCUGCAGAUUGACAACACCAGGCUGGCUGCUGCAGAUUUCCGGCUAAAGUAUAAAAACGAGCUCACCCUCCACCAAAACGUGGAGGCCGACAUCAGCGAGCUCAGGCGUGUCCUAGAUGAGCUGACCCUCUGCAGGAUGGACCGGGAGCUGCAGUACGAGUCGCUGAGUGAGGAGGUGACCUAUCUCAGAAAGAAUCACGAAGAGGAAAUGAAGGCCCUGCAGUGCGCGGCCGGGGCCAACGUGAACGUGGAGGUGAACGCGGCCCCCGGGGUGGACCUCACGGUGCUGCUGAACAACAUGCGGGCCGAGUACGAGGCUCUGGCAGAGCAGAACCGCGGGGACGCGGAGGCCUGGUUCGGUGAGAAGAGCGCCUCGCUGCAGCAGCAGAUGUCCCAGGACGCCGGCGAGGCCACUCGGGCCAGGACCGAGCUGUCGGAGCUGAAGCGCAGGCUGCAGACACGGGAAAUUGAGCUGAGGUCCCUCCUGGCCACGAAACACUCGCUGGAGUGCUCCCUGAGCGAGACCCAGGGCAACUACUGCUCACAGCUGGCCCAGAUCCAGGCAAGGAUCUCGGCCCUCGAGGAGCAGCUGCACCAGGUCAGGACCGAGACUGAGGGCCAGAAACGCGAGUACGAGCAGCUCCUGGACGUCAAGGUGCACCUGGAGAAGGAGAUCGAGACCUACUGCCGCCUCAUAGCCGGAGAUGAGGAAUCAUGCUCCAAAUCAAAAAGCUUUGGAUCAGGAGGCUCAGGGAAUUCAUCUAAAGAUUUAUCCAAAACCACACUGGUAAAGACGGUGGUUGAAGAGCUAGAUCAUCGAGGCAAAGUUCUUUCAUCCAGGAUUCACUCCAUUGAGGAAAAGACAUCGAAACUGACCAACAAGGCAGAGCAGAGGGUCCCCUUCUAG